AUGACGAAACAACCAAAAAGAAUGACAAAAAGUUUCAAGAAAACAAUUAAAAUAGCCACAAAAAAAAAAGCUCAAAAGAAUGACAAAAAGGUCCAAAAGAAGAACGAUGAAAGAAGUUUCCAAAGAAACGACGUGAAACUCCAAAAGAACGACGAGAAA